AUGGCAACUUCACCUUCCAUGCCUCAACAAGGUCCCCGAUUUCGUCCGUACGCAAGUCCAAACCACCAGGUCAGCAAAGGUCGUUACAUCACGAGCAAUGACCCCAGAGGUUACAUUCCCGUAUACGAAUACCCGCUCAACGGUCAAUGGAUCAUGAUGGAUAUUGACGAUGGAUAUAUUCUUUGGACGGGCAUUUGGAAAGCCGACAUUGUCAAAAUGAUCGAUUCACAGCCUGACUUGGCGCCCGUUAUCCGCCGUGUGCGGGGAGGGUAUUUAAAAAUUCAAGGAACAUGGAUGCCUUACGAGGUUGCCCUCCGGCUUUCACGACGAGUGGCUUGGCCAAUCCGUGAUGAUCUAGUACCACUUUUCGGACCCACAUUCCCAAGCACAUGCCUCUCCCCAGACCAACCAGGCUAUGGCCAAGUAGUAUCCAAUGCCUCCGGACGGAGGCGUUCACGCCGGAACAACCAAGUAGUCGCGCCCGCGCCACCUGUUCCUCGUGAUUCGCAAACAUCAUGGGCUAUCCCUGCUGCAGGGCCAAGUGCCCAUACAAGCCCAUCAGCGCACUAUCUGCCUCCGGGACAGCCAGCUUCCCUUCCAUCGAUGAUGUACAGAGACGCGCCAUCUUACUCACAUCCGCAGCCCACAAAUCCGCCCCUACAUAUCUCCUCUUCUGCAUCUCCAAUUAUGCGCGAGCGCUCGGCGCGGUCGCGAUAUUCCCCUUAUCCCACUUCAUCGUUUCCCCCUACUCGCAAACCUUCGGUUGCAACUAGUGACUCAGUUUCGCUAGAUAUUCCUUCGAUUUCUCUACAGGAGCUUCAUCAUGAUGCUCGAAACGGCAAGUUCCCCGGGGAUCAAAUUGUGCUGCCUCCGAUUCAACCCUUGGCUCCUCCAAGGCACAUCAGCACCACAUCAUAUGCAUUGCCUCCUAUUUCUGCGCUCGAAGACUUGCGAGGAAUUUCCACGCAUGACUCAGCCGCGGUGUUGGAACGCUUGAAGAUGGAUGACGAAGCACCACAAUCAUAUCCACCUAGUUCGUGGCCGAAACACGGAUCAUCAGGCACGCAUCGUUCCUCCUUGGAUGGGCCCUUCGGCACGGAAACCUCCAGAUCAUAUCGAACGCCACAUUCGCCGGAACUCAGCUUGAGUUACCAUUCAUCUCACGAUGGAAGCUCCGGUGAUGGCGCAUCUCCUGUAUCGCCUACUACUCCACGUUCUGUGGAAGUCCCGUCGUAUAAAUCGAGACAUGUUGAGCAGCUGUCAGCCGGGAAACAGCGCGCGCAUCCGGGCUAUGACACAUCGCGCCUGCCAUCGCCUCCCGAUGCGCAGAGGUACAGCCGCAAGUCCGCUGCUGGUGUAGACCCUCGGUUAUCAGCCUGUCGUCACUCCUGCGAUGAUGACGAGGCUGAAUCUGAUUCGUCGGCGCGAGGGCCACAUCGUCCGUGGUAG